UCUGUGCUGUGCUGUGCUGUGCUCAGUCAGUGUAAUCUCUGUCUCUCCAACCGGCAGACAUGGCGACCUCGAGGACGCUCGUAUGCUCCACAACACGCUGCGUCUGAAACGGCUCCGCAGCAUCACCGUCGCGCUCGGCGCAUUCGUGGACAGACGCACACUUGCACACAGCGGAUUUAUAAUCGGGGCUGAGCCAGGAAGACCAUGGUGGAACAGGGCCAAACAUCGUUGGCGGGACAGAGGUUAGGGGCACCAGAGACUCUGGGGAUCAGCACCCUGGAGCCCGGACACAAACCACCUGCUAUGCCACCUGGACGCCUGGUGCCCAUCAGAGUCGUGCUGCUGGAUGACUCAGAAGAGAUCUUCGACAUAUCACACCGAGCAUCGGGCCGGGUUCUGUUCGAUAUGGUCUGCUUGCAUCUGAAUCUAAUUGAGGGCGAUUACUUUGGCCUGGAGUUCCAGAGCCACCACAGAAAAACGGUUUGGCUGGAUUUACUAAAGCCCAUUAGAAAGCAGAUCACACGGCCCAAGCACACCGUCCUUCGGUUUGUUGUGAAAUUCUUCCCUCCUGAUCAUUCGCUGCUGUUGGAGGAGCUGACCAGGUACUUGUUUGCGCUGCAGGUGAGGCAGGAUCUGGCCAGCGGACGUCUCACGUGUAGCGACGCCAGCGCUGCUCUUUUGGUCUCUCAUAUCAUCCAGUCUGAGAUUGGGGAUUUUGAAGAAACUCAGUGUAGACAGCAUCUACUUAACACCAACUACAUCCCUGACCAGAUGGCCCUGAUGGACAAAAUCAUGGAGUUUCACCAUAAACACAUUGGACAGACGCCAGCAGAGUCAGAUUACCGGUUGCUGGAGGUGACGUGCAGGUUGGAGAUGUACGGCAUCCGACUCCAUCCUGCUAAAGACAGAGAAGGAACCAAACUCAGUCUGGCUGUAGCACACGGCGGCGUCCUCGUGUUUCAGGGACACAACAGGAUCAACAACUUCAACUGGUCUAAAAUCCGCAAGCUGAGUUUCAAGAGAAGGAGGUUCCUUAUCAAACUAAGAGCAGAUCCUAGUGAGAAUGUUAAUCACGAUACUCUAGAGUUCUUGAUGGCGAGUCGGGACUACUGUAAAAUGUUUUGGAAGGUCUGUGUGGAAUAUCACGCCUUCUUCAGACUCUUUGAGGAGCCCAGACCCAAACCCAAACCGGUGCUGUUCAGCCGGGGCUCUUCCUUCAGGUUCAGUGGUCGGACACAGAAGCAGGUGAUAGAUUACGUGAAGGAAAAUGAGUUUAAAAAACUGCCCUUUGAUAGGAAACAUAGUCGAGUGCAGUACAACAGCAGUCUGUCACCUCUGCGAUCUGCAAAGCACCAAGUGCCAAAUCAAGCUGUCAAGCAGAGCUGGGAGGGCUCAUUUUUAGUAAGCUCAGAAGAUUCUGCGAUAAUAAGACCAUGUGGAAACUCCUCUCCAUCGACUCAGCGCAACGGAUGCAGUGACCAAACGUACACCAUUCAGGAGGACAGCAGAAGCCUGGCAGCCAAGCAGCAGCCCGUUGAUCAAGCAGAAGUGACGUGUGCUUUAGUUAACGGUCACGCUGAUGACUGUAGAGGAGCGACGCCGUCUCCUCUCAUCUCCCCCAUGCUGAAUGAGACUGGUGCCAUACGCACUGAUGAUGAGGAGGACAACAGGAGGAAGAACUGUCCCGCUGAUAAUGCAUACUGCAUUGCUAAAGAGUUGCUGUGCACUGAGAGGACAUACCUGAAGGACCUGGAGCUGAUCACAGUGUCAUUUCAGGCAGUGUUGGAUAAAGAGGAGUGUGUUCCUGACACUCUGAAGACACUGUUGACUUCCACCUAUGAGCCGCUACAUUCCCUCCACACACACUUCCUCCAGGAGCUCGAGGAGAGACUGUCUCUGUGGGAAGGCCCAUGCAAUACGGAGGUUAAAGGUGAAAUGCAGCGUAUAGGAGACCUGCUGCUGAAGAGCGCACAUGAGCUGAAGGCUCUCUCAGCUCAGCUGCAGAUGAUCUCAGAGUGUGUGUUUGCUCUGGAGAGAGCAUGUGUCGCGUCCCGGAGGCUGGAGUUUGUGUGCCGUGAGUUUGAGCUGCAGAAGGUGUGUUACAUUCCUCUAAACGUCUUUCUGCUGAGUCCCCUCCAUCGCCUGCUGCACUACAGACAGAUACUAGACAGACUCUGCAAGCACUACCUGCCGACACACAACGACUACAGCGACUGCAGAGCUGCUUUGGAUGGUGUGUGUGAACUGGAAGCUGCUCUUCAUACUGGUCUGGAGCAGAUUGAGAACUAUCAGAAGCUCCUGGAGCUUCAGAAGGAUUUGAUUGGAGUUGAGCAUCUGGCCGUGGCUGGACGUCAGCUCAUCAGACUGGGCUGCCUCAGCAAACUCUCUGGGAAAGGCCUCCAACAGCGCAUGUUCUUUCUAUUCAAUGACGUUCUGUUGUACAGCACUCGAGCGAUAACAUCAGCCAAUCAGUUUACAGUGCACAGACAACUUCCUCUGCGCGGCAUGACAAUCCGCGAGAGUGAGGACGAGUGGGGCGUCCCGCACUCCUUCACACUGAUGGUACAGCAGCAGUCACUGGUGGUCGCCGCAUGUUCAGAGUCAGAAAUGGAGAAAUGGAUGGAGGAUUUGAAGAUGGCGGUUGACAUGGCUGAAGAGUGUAAUGGACUGACCGCUGACCUGCUGUCUGCUAGCAAGGAUGUCAAAUCCUCAGGGGCGUCUGAAGUGGAGUCAGAGGAUGAUCUUUGUGGAUCUCGGAUGUCUUUGCCUCGAAAUGGCAACAAUUCAGGAAACACUCUUAACCGCGGGAACACGACAGCCCAUGUGUGCUGGCAUCGCAACACCAGUGUCUCCAUGCUGGACUUCAGCAUCGCCAUAGAGAACCAGCUCUCAGGAAAUCUGCUCAGAAAGUUUAAGAACAGCAACGGCUGGCAGAAACUCUGGGUGGUUUUCACCAACUUCACCUUGUUCUUCUACAAAACACACGAGGAUGAGUAUCCUCUGGCCAGUCUGCCAUUGUUGGGUUACUCUGUUACACAUGCCGGAGAGUCGGAAAACAUCCAUAAAGAUCACGUCUUCAAACUGCAUUUCAAAUCUCAUAUCUACUACUUCAGGACGGACAGUGAAUACUUUUUCGAAAGAUGGAUGACGGUGAUCCGAAGUGCUACAGUCUCUGCCAGCAGAACCCGCUAUCUGAACCGUACAGAACCGGACUGAACCACAGAGAACCUGCCAUUUGAACCAGACCGAAUACCACAGAAACUGCCAUCAGACCUGGACAGAAAAAAACAUAAACCAACAGACCCAUGCAGGCAUAUAGGGAGCAACCAUCUGUGUGUGUGUGUGUGUGUGUGUGUGUGUGUGUGCUUUUAUGACAACGUCACUUUUUUUGUGACUGAAUUUUUUUUUAAUAGCAUAGUUUCAUAGUAUGAAAUUAAAGGGGAAUGUCACCAUUUCACUUCUGAGCCUUUAAAUAGACACCAUUGAGUUCAAAUGUCAGCCUCAGGCAAGGUUUUUUUUUUUUGUUUGUUUUUUUUUUGCAUUAUGUGUUUCAUAAAAUGGCCCUCAAAUACUGAAAAGUGCUACUGUGUGUUCACAGGAUGUGUUCGUGUUGGGUGAGAAUAGGACAAAGGUUAACUGGGGUUUGUUAUAAGGCCUAUUUAUAGCAUGUGUUGACAUACUAAAGUCUUGAUCUUGAGAAACUAAAAGGAAAAGUGUUAAUAAAGGCUCAGAGAUGAAAAGAGGUGGAAUUCCCCUUUAACCUCAUGGCAUUCCUCAUAAACACACAGGUGCUUUUUAAUGUUUGCGCUUUGUCCUCUAGUGUAAAAAAAACAAACAUGAAAAAUCAUUUCCUGCAUUUUUUAACUGGGCUUUUACAGAAUCUCAUUUUGUAAAUGAUAUUUAAUUGUAAGCGUAAGCCGUAAGUGUCACUUGCUGCCUUUAAAAGGAGGCAGAUCCAUUUCAGUGCCAUGGUUUUUAUAGUACAGAUUUCAAUGUUUUAGACUUUGUUUCUAUCAGCUGAAAUCAUGUUGGGUGCCAGAAGCCAAUGUGCCAAAAUCAUGAUGGGUAUUUCUGUUUGUUUCCAUUUUGGACUGAAUAAUGUAAAAGCAUGGCAAAUUUGGGACUUAAAGGCAAGUUAUAAAAUACAUUUAGUCAACAUUCAUCAACCGAAACUUAUAUUUAUAGAUUUCAAGUGCCAUUAAGAUUAUAAAACACAAAAAGUAAUUUAUACUAUGUUUGUUUCCAUCACCAUGUAAAAUUUGAUAAUGAAGAAAGGAUAUUUUAUUAUUCAAGGUUGUAAGAAUAUUGACCCCCCUCACUGUCAUUUUAGAAAAAAUAAUUUUUCACAAAACUAAGACAAAUUCACCCAUAGGCAGCACCGUAUAACCCACAACUGCAUAAUACAGGGUAGUUUAGUCCACAGGGGAGGUAAAGCUUUAAAAUCUGCAGAUAAACAUGUUUUAGUUGCCUAUGGCCAAAACACUUCUAAAAUGAAUGGAAAAAGACAAAGAGAGAGAGUUUAUUGGAAAUGAAAGCAAUAAAACCUCAUUCCAGAGAG